ACCUGAACUCCGGUGUGCUGUUUUCUAGUACCACAAAGAUGGCUUCCUGGCUCUGGAAGGGUUUUUCACCUCUGAGGAGUGUGAGGCAAUGCAGAACCGGAUCCAGAAGAUCAUUGCGGAAAUGGACGUGCCCCCUCACUGCCGCACCGAGUUCUCAACAAAGCACGAAGAGCAGCUCCAGGACCAGAUGCAGGGAAGUGCAGAAUAUUUCCUAACCAGCGGAGACAAAAUCAGGUUCUUCUUUGAAAAAGGUGUUUUCGAUGAUAAAGGAGAUUUUCUGGUACCAAAGGAUGCAUCUCUUAACAAAAUUGGCCAUGCAUUGCAUGCCUUUGACGUUGUCUUCAAGCAAAUGACUCAUGCCUCAAAAGUACAGGCCCUGGUGAGGAAACUUGGCUUUGAGAACCCUGUGGUGGUACAGAGUAUGUAUAUCUUCAAGGUACAGUCACCAUAGCUCGCUUUUUU